AUGUCCACUGGCUCUGCUGCAAGUGAUGCUGAGGACUAUGAGACAUGCACCAGGAGGACUGCCACCUCGUUGGACAGGAGCGGGCGGAAGAUUUCCUGCUACAAUCCCAACCGGUAUUCAGAUGAGGAGUUGGAAGAGGGGAGGACCAAACCCGAGAGCAAACUCUCCAGGACGCAGCAGAAGGAAGCACGACAGUCGCAGAGGAACGCGGCCAACGCCAGGGAGAGGGCUCGGAUGAGAGUGCUGAGCAAGGCGUUCUCUAGACUGAAAACCAGCCUGCCCUGGGUACCAGCGGACACCAAACUGUCCAAAUUGGACACGCUUCGACUCGCCUCCAGCUACAUUUCUCACCUGAGACAGAUCCUGCAGGACGACGCAUUCGGGAACAGCUUUGUGCACCCAGUCAACCUGGUAUGA